AUGGAGGCAAAAACCUUUGGUAUUAUUGCGGCCUUAACACCAGAUGUUUCUCACGUUGAUCAAUUGUCUAUAAUUAUUCGUUACUAUUUACAUGGCCAAGUGUAUGAGAGAUUUUUACCAUUCUUGCCAAUUUUAAGUCACACAGGAGGUUUAUUGAGUCGAGAAAUGUUGAAUGUGCUAAGCGAUAACGGGAUUUGCAUUAGUAACUGCAGAGGCCAAUCUUACGACAAUGCAAGUAACAUGUUUGGCAAAUAUGCUAAAGUACAAGCUCGUAUUAAAGAAGUAAAUCCACUAGCUUUAUAUGUUCCAUGUAAUGCUCACUCUUUGGUUGGAACAAACAGUGUCAAUAUAUGCAUUGACGCUAUUACUUAUUUUGGAUUUGUAGCCGGGCUUUACGCUUGUUUCGUCGCAUCUACACAUCGGUGGGAAAUAUUAAUGAACAAUUCUGAUUCUUCUCUCAAAAGUCUAUCGAAAACUAGAUGGUCUUGUCACGUUGAUGCUACUUCUGCUAUAUUUCGAAACUGCGAAGGGAUAUAUGCCGCUCUUUCGGUGUUUGUUGAAAGUAACGACGAAAAGCCUGAUGCUCGAUUUGAGGCCUCUGUCCUUUAA